GGUGCAUGUUUGGAGUGCGAAUAUUGAAAGAAAAACUCAACUUUUAAUUCUUUUCGUGAUUGUGAUUUGGCUGUUAAAGCAGGUUCUAGUGUCCCUUAUUGUCCUUUUUAGCAUAGAGGAAACAGUGUUUUGUAGAUGACCCUAGCAAGAGCGGAAGAUUCACUUUUGCUGAAACGCCAUUCCCCGUGUUGCCACAGAGUAGGAAUAAUUGCCAUUUUUUAUGCCUCGAUGUCCUGCUCACAAUCAACCAAAACAUCUGUCAAGUAAUGUAAUCGUAUUACAAAUAAUGUAAUCUUACCCCUAAUCAUAUUUUUAACAAACUAGUAUAACAAAAGUAAAAUAAACAUACAAGUACGAGCCGGGAAAUGGGUAGCCAAGCGUCCAGCAUUUCGCAAAAAAUUCUACCGGCCGAUGCGGUGGAUUCGUUGCAGUUUGAAUUCAAGAAGCAGGUACACAUCUUCUCCGAAAUUAACAAUCUCGCGUACGAAGACUUUCAAAAGUGUCUCGCAGAUUUAAACCGACUCUCACGGAAAUGCCUUGAUCCGAACGGGAAGCAGCUGGUAUUUGCCGUGAAGAAAGGUUCAGACAACUCCAUCCUCUGGAAGCGCACCGUACGCAUCGCGUGCGUUAAAAUUGAUCCGGAAACGAAGAAGAUCGACUGCUUCAAGCUGCUGACGCUGCAACAGUUCCUGCAGGUAUUUCGCACAUUCCAAACGAAUCUGCACGCCAUGGUGACGGUCGAGAGCCAGCGAAUACACAGCCCAGGGGCGAGUCCGUCCAAAACGAGUGGCGGCGCUUCCGGUCCGGACACACCGUCCAACGCGAGUGUCAGCGAACUGUCGCCCAACAAUGCUGGCACAGCUGAACAGCGGCCCGGUCCAAGCGCGACACACACAAAGCAGGCGCAAAGCUCACCUGCUCCACUGUCCACGUCCUCCUCGUCGUCAUCCUCCGCCAACGUGUCGAGUGCGUUCGUGUUUCCGGAGUGUACGACCGCAUCGAUACUGAUGGCGCAGGUCGACUCAAUUACGGCCGUCGACCCGGACGGUGACCAUAACGAGUGCUGCAUCUGUCUCGAACGUAAACCGGAAGUGUCGCUACCCUGCGCACACAGCUACUGUAUGCCGUGCAUCGAACAAUGGAACAUCCACCAGAAAACGUGCCCAAUCUGUGACGAGGUGCUGGCCAGCACGGAUGACACCUGGGUCCUAUCGGAAAUGCCCGAAGCAGACGAAGUGAGCGAAGAGAUUUGUGCCACGCUGUUGAAGCUAUCAAACGAGGCGAACGCGAGCGACGAGAGUGAUAAGAAUUGGUUGCGCCGAAUGUUGGAUUUGUGAUUUGCUUGCCGAGAGCUCCAGUUGAAUGGAAUCGGACCUUAUUUUUAAAGUUCUACACCCGGUUUUUAGAAAUUUCCUUGAGCAUACAAUGCUCGCUACGUUAUAUUUGGCAAUUUUUACAGUUUAUUUUUUUGACAAUCGCAAGCAUAUUAUGCGCGCUGUAUUUUAACAAACUAUACAUACACUUACGUUGCUGAUG